AUGGACGACCCCACAGGCUCCACCGAAGCCUCCAUGCAAGAGCAUCACUUUGUGAAGGCCGAUGAGGUUGACCAGACCGGGACCGAUAUCAGCCCAGUCUCGGACGAUCAGUUGAUGGAAGAAGUCGUUGAGGGAUUGCGACAGGAGCAGGCCUCGCAAUCCACCUCGGCUGCUGCCAAUGAAGCGCCCCCGCAAGUGGAAAAAGCGGCUCGACGACCCGAGUUACGUCGUGAUGUCGCGGCACCGCCGCCGCCUCCCUUGCAACCCCCGCCUCCAGCACCAGUGCAGCAGAACUCAGAACGGCCGCCGGACUCACUGAGUCUUGCACAGCUGAGGCAGCUAGUCCAGGAGAUGCCGAAGAUUGAACAGCCCGCUUAUGCUUUCGAAUAUGCGGAUUCACAGCCUUUCGAGGAAGAGAUCGAGGAAUGGUUUCAGUACAGUGAAUUUGAUAGAGCGAUGCUCCUCGGUAUGAGAUCUUCCUUUGAGCAAAAGUGGACCGCUUUCGGAGAGAGUCAUGAGAUUGGCUCGAAUGUCUCCUGGACUGAGGCAUCUGAUGCUCAGCGCAAGUCGUUUAUCAGCCAGGUCAUUUCUCGCCUAAGAGACCGGGAGAUUUUGGUCCGAAUCGAAGCGCUGGAAAUUCUCUGUUAUGUAGUGACUGGCGUGUGGGGAAUUACUGCAGGCAGAUCUGUCCAUGAUGACGACCAUCAAGACGAUUCUUCGCAGACGGCGGCAAAAAAUCUGACGCCCAAAUCUCUUCAACUCAGUUGGAUCGAGAACAACGUUAGCUUAUUUCACGACUGCUCGGGUAUCCAGCCAUUAUUCGAGUGCUUAUGCCAGACAUUUGAGAAGAAUCGCAAAUCGCCUAAUACCGACUCCCAAAACCCAGGACACGAGAGCGCUAACAUUGCAUUCCUUGCUGCCUCCGAGCGAGAGGCGAAUCUAGUACUCACGGCAUUUUAUUUGCUUGUGGAAACUGGACGGCGUCAGGAGGCCCGUAAUGAGAAACAUACGCCUUUACGAGAUAGUAUCAUGGACUUGAAUCCUAACCUCUUGGUUUUUCUGGUGGAAAUUAUUUCAAGGCUGCGAUGGGACGACUCGGCCAAUGUUCCGCUCACAAGGAUCAUCUUAUUGUUCUGGAAGUCCUUGCUUCUCUUCUUCGGCGGCAGCGACAGUCUGAAGAAAGCCAAAGAAGAAUUAGAGCCAGCCUUCGAGGAGAGGGAAAAGUCGUCAUCUGGAAGAACUCCUUUUUUAACAGCGUCACCGCUUGACUAUCAUGUAUUUCGACAGGAGAUCACGUCCAAGUAUCCCGCCUAUAACCCACCGCCUCUUGUUGUCCCCUUGGAGCUGGAGAACAACUCAAUCCUCCCCCCUCUUCCUCAGCACCCCAGCAGAACAACUACUUCGAACGGUCUCUUUUCUGGUGUUGGGCCGUCGGUUUCCGGCGGAAAUGGCUCAAUCCUUCACCAGUCGGUUCAUAUCGCAACCCCGGCACCGUCGCCUCCACCGUCACCCAUAGGCCCGGGUGGUAAGGCGGGGAAGAAGCAGAACUACCAGACUAACCAGAAUUUCCCCUUCAUGUACCCGCCUCUCGAUGACUCGAGCAACGAUAUCGGUGGCAAAGGGACCGCUGAGAUUCAAGAUGUGCUGGUAGGAAAGAGAUGGGAAGGAAGUGACGUCCCGGCAUCUAUCAUUGAGGCCGGAAAAUUGUUUUCAACGCACGUCAAAAUGACGAGAGCCAUGCGGCAACUAUGGGAAGAGCGAGAGCGGUUUAUGAAAUACGACCGUGGCUGGUACUUGGAUGACAACGAAGGUCCUUCGGAUGAGGGCAUUGAUAUGGAAUUGACGGAGGAUCUGCAGGACUUGGAUCUACAAGAGAAGAAGAAGAAUAAUAGUAGACAAGCCAGCCCCGACAGAGCACCCCAGAAAGAAACCGACAACGAAGAUAUUCAACGUCGCCUGGACGCGGUGGAGUCAUUCUAUACACAAGCACUCGUUCAUUUGCAGUCGAUUACUAUUGUAUUCUUGAAGGUCAUCCUUACCAAUGUCAGUGCUGUGGUCAACCAGGCAAACGGACCGAACAAUCAAUCCAUGGGUGAGGGCUACGGCUCAGUCAAUGGGUACGCGACCGGAUAUAGUAACAACAUCAUUGGCGAGCUCAACUCCGAAGCUGCUAUUGAUGAACUCGACAACCUUCGGCUGCGCGAGAUCACCGGCAAAGCCAUCUCGGGAUCGCUGUUGCUUUUGGUGAAAUGGUUCAAGCGAUCCCAUAUAUUGAAGUUCGAGUACAUGACUCAGUUGUUGCUUGACUCUAACUAUUUGCCUCUGAUCCUGAAAAUGUUCGCCCACCAGGAUGUUGAUCAAGCGGUGGCACAGAAGAACGACCGUGAAGAAUUGGGCUUCUUCCACUUCUGCCACCUGCACUCAGAUCAGCCACCCCAGCAGACCGAACACUCAGAAGGCGAGUCUAGCGAGGACGAAGCUGUGCCGCCCCCCAUUGCCCGGCAUCGACAAGAUUCAGGGCAUGAAGGUAUCUCGAUGCGCGAGUCAUCUCCUGAAGAGCCCACACCCGAUUUCAUCGAAGAAAAUCAUCGGCCCGAGGUUGACGAACUGGGAUACCCAACUGCGCCGCCCCCUAAAGAGCCGAUCACGAUCUUCUCCUUCCGCAAUUUCUUCUCGGCCAUCAAUUACCUGCAUGUUAUGCAGAAGAUCACGCGCGACAAGGCCCACCGGUGUCUGUUACUUGUACAGUACAAGUCUAGCACCAUCCUCCGCAAGGGACUCAAGAUUCCUGAUCCUCAUUUGCGAUUCUACACGCUGAAGCUAUUCAAAUCGCAGGUCCCGUACUGUGGCCGCAAAUGGCGCCAGGGUAACAUGCGUGUCAUCACCGCAAUCUAUCUCUACUGCCGGCCAGAGCUGCGGGACGACUGGCUGGCAGGAUCCGAUAUUGACGCCGAGGUCGAAGAAGCGUUACCUCUGGAGCAAGCCCUUCGGGGCAUGACCCAUUGGUGGCACCUGCGGCAAUACAAAGACGUCAUGGGUGGCGAGGAGGGGACUUCUCUCAUGGAAGAAGAACGGGAUUUCUUUUCUCGCGAGCUUGAGUCGAUGGGAUGGGGGUUUGCGGCCGACGACAUCAAUGGAGUCUGCGAGGAAGAAUUGGUAGCUGCUGGCGGACAUUUGCCCAACGGGACCGAAUGGGAGGCAGGUCCUAUGCAGAUGGAAGGGUGGUAG